CAUUUCACCUCUUCCUACAACUUAAUAAUAUUUAUUUAUUUAGUAGAAGGAAUUAAUUAAGAUGACUAAAGUUGGAAGGAGUUCUGGCAAGGGACAAGAACGAUGGCUUUCGGAGUUGCUUCUUGGAAACUCUUAAUUCAUUUACUAUUUUUCCAGCAGCUUGCUUAUGGGAAUCAUGAGGAGUCCAUGAUGAGUAAAAGCUAUAUACAACUUCCAAGCAGUAAAACUGGCGAGAUUGAGGUCGCGAAGGUAAAUGAUUCCCAUGGAGAAGAAAAGGGAAACACACAACAUUUUCAAGCUCAUGAUCACUUGUCUCACAUGGAAAUGGAUCCAAAUUUAAUGAUUUUCUUCACCCCGAAAGACCUAAAAGUAGGCAAAACGAUGCCCGUUUACUUUCCCAAGAAAGAUCCUUCUAUUAUACCUCCACGCUUGUUGCCUUUGGAUGAAGCUUCGUCCAUUCCCUUCUCCCUCAAACAACUCCCUUUCCUUCUCAAUCGCUUCUCUUUUUCCCAACACUCUCCCCAAGGUAGAGCCAUGGAGGAUACCCUCAAGCAGUGCGAGUCUAGAUCCAUCAAUGGAGAGACCAAGAUGUGUGCUACUUCCCUAGAAUCUAUGCUCGAUUUCGCACGUGCCGCAUUCGGACUAGAGGAUGACAUUAGUGUUGUGACAACUACCCACUUGGCCAAUUUAAGUGUGUCUCUUCAGAACUACACUAUUUUGGAAGUGCCUAAAGAGAUAUUGCCUCACAAGAAGAAGAUGGUGGCAUGUCACACCAUGCCUUACCCUUAUGCAGUGUACUAUUGCCAUUACCAAGACAGCGAGAAUAAGGUGUAUAAGAUCUUAUUGGGUGGUGUAAAUGGAGACAAGGUUGAAGCCAUUGCUGUAUGUCACAUGGAUACUUCGCAGUGGAGCCGUAACCAUGUCUCAUUUCGUGUGUUAAGAAUCGAGCCCGGCACUUUACCAGUCUGCCAUUUCUUCCCCUCGGAGAAUCUCGUUUGGAUUCCAAAACCCAUAUCGACCUAGUAAUCUUAGGGAUGGACUUCUCAUGUUUGCAAUCCUAUAAAUUACACGAGUAUGCAUGUUGGCUGCCUAGUAUCCAGAGCUAUUUUUUUUUUCUUUUAGAAAAAAAAGUUAUAUGUCGUUGUGUGUUUCCAUAAAUAUGUUAAUAUAAAUGUCAGUGCCGGCCACUAGCAUGAAAUAAAAGUGAUCGUCCCUAAAUUAUCCAAUAAUAAAUCUUGUCUUUUGCUCUA